GUGUGUGUGUGUGUGUGUGUGACCUGAGGCCGGUGUUGUCCUCCUCCACAGAGGUUGGAUAGAAAAUGGAGUAUGUGCCUUUAAGGCGGCCGACUGCCUGUCGCUUUUUGCUGCGGAGAGACUGACGCCCUCUGGACACAGUGGACACUUGAGCGGCGGCUGAACACCAUCCUGGAGAAGUUCAAAGAGACAACAGCCACUCUCCCUCUUAAAAAGAAAAGUCUUGGACUUGUUAACGGCGUUGUGGUGUUUCCAGUGCCGUGCUGGUGAGCCGUCAGGAUGAGGCCUGGUCAGCUGAUCCUCCCUGCCGCCGCCGCUCUCCUCUUCCUCCUAUCAGGACUGUCUCUGACCUCUGGCUGCAACAAAGCCCUGUGUGCGAGCGACGUCAGCAAGUGUCUCAUCCAGGAGCUGUGCCAGUGUCGUCCGUCUGAUGGGAACUGUUCAUGCUGUAAAGAGUGCAUGCUGUGUCUGGGGAACCUUUGGGAAGAGUGCUGCGACUGUGUGGGGAUGUGUAACCCCAAGAACUACAGCGACACGCCGGCCACGUCGAAGAGCACCGUGGAGGAGCUGCACCGUCCGAUCCCCUCGCUGUUCCGCGCCCUCACAGAAGGCGACGCGCCGAUCAACAUGAUGGUGGUGUCCUUCCCCGUCGCCGAGGAGCUCUCCCAUCACGAGAACCUGGUGUCCUUCCUGGAGUCGCUCGACAGCCAGCAGCAGAACGUCUCCGUGCCUGGCAACAGCAUCCACGCCAGCUACGACACUCAAGAAAACAUGUGCACAGUGGUCUACUUUGAUGACUGCGUGUCUAUCCGUCAAUGUAAACUAUACUGUGAGUCAAUGGGAGGAUCCAAGUACCGCUGGUUUCACAACGCCUGCUGCCAGUGCAUCGGACCAGAGUGUGUGGACUACGGCAGCAAGGCUGUGAAGUGCAUGAACUGUCUCUUCUGAAGUGCGGGCACAUAUUUGUACCAAAUGUCUGGGCCAUACCAGAGGACUGAGGACAGAGGAAACUAUGACUGUUAUGUGUUAGCAUUCCUCAGUUACCUUGUAAAAUACCCCCUACACCCCUCCUCCUACCCCUGCAAAUUGUUUUUAUUCUGCUGUUAUGUUUCACUGUGUAUAUUUUUAGAUAUGUUUCAAUAGUGUUUUUUUUACUAGAGGUGUAUAUGAAUAACGUAUUUUUACAAUUAUGGUCUGCUUAAUGUCAGUCUCAUGCCAAAUAAAGAAAAGUUUGGUGACAUGGACUGUUUUGCCUCACA